AGUACGUUACUGCUUCUGUUUCUCACAGCAGGCACCUGCAACUGUGAGGUUGGGUUAUAUCUGGAAGAGCAAUUACUUUGCUCAACAAAUAGUGGAGUAACUUCCAAUAGGGACGGACAUUUAACAUCCUGACAAUCAACAUCAGAGCAAGAGGAACAAAGAUAAACGUGAUUAUGAACUAACAAAAAGAAAAAUCCAUUUAUGAAGAGUUAGACAUCGGAAGUCUCCAAGAAUACUGAGGUUCAGAUGUCAACCAUUCAUGAUGAAAAUCUGGAGCUAUGUUCGAGUUUGCCACCUGUUUACACUUUGUGAGGGAAUAGUACUGGCCUCGCCCAAUACAAGUACUGUCGCCACAGUGGGAGAACAGAUCAUGUUCUGUGUAAAUCUCCAGGAAGAAGAUAACUAUAUGGUAGAACUUGCCAGCACUCCAGACAUUUUUAUUGCAAAAUGGAUAGUCAACACUUCAGUAAAACCUGAGACCAUACAACCCAUGUAUGAAGGCAGAGUUCGAUGGAACACGAACGGUUCCUUGAUGUUGGAUAAUGUUCAGAUCAGUGACAGUAAAAUAUAUACCAUAACAAUCUCCUUGCUCAACGUAGAUACAGGUGACACUCAAAAACAUGUUUUUGAUUUGUCUGUGUUUGAACGAAUUACCCAGCUUGCUGCGAAUAUUACUUCUGACUGUUCAUCUCUGAACAUAAUUCUGAACUGCUCUGUCUCUUCUGGAACUAACAUCACAUUUCUUUGGAGAAAAAAAUCCAUACACGGAGCCUCUGACGGUGUGUACAAUGGAUCAGACCUAGUGAUCAAUAGGAGCAUUGAAGCGGAACAACAUGUGUACAUAUGUCAAGCAAAGAAUGCGGUCAGCAAUGCAACUAGUGACGCAGUGACACCAAAGAUAUGUCAUAAAGGUAACUUGCUAUGGAUGAUUUCAAUUGGCCUUAUACCAGUGGUACUCAUUGCUGUGUUAUUCAUUUCUAUAAAAGCAGUAGGUAGAGAGACUCGGGAACGUAUUGAACCAACAGAUGUCUUCACAGAUGAACUGAUUGAACCUACAUACAUUACCUCACUGAACCCAGCAGGAAUGCCCAAACAUUCCGCAGAAGAAUAUGUUUAUGAACGACAGUAAAAUUCCAAUAAUCUGUUAUCGAUCAUUGGGAGAUCCAGAUGGUUCAGAAUCUGACUCACUGGUGAUGUUGCCCACAUCCCAUGUUAACCCACCAGGGCCGGUCUUGUACACCUUUUAAACUUACCAUCGCCAAGCUCUGUACAUGCUCACCAGGGGCCCAUUCCCAUACCCUGCAGCAAGAAACAAACUACUGGAAGAACUCAGCGGGUCAAACAGCAUCCGCAAAGGGAAAUGCACAGUCGAUGUUUUAGGUCAGGAUCCUACAUCUGGAGAUGUAUAAAGGAUCCCCACGCAAAGUGUCGACUGCCCAUGUCCCUCCACAGAUAAAGUUGGGCUGAGAACACAGCUGUAAAUUACAACUGUAAUGACAAAGACAUUUUGCUGCAAAUCAUAAAUUUGUCAAUUCUGCUGUUGCAAUUCCAUAA